CUACACAUCUCCGCUCGCAUGCAACUUACUGAGAGGGAGAGGCGAGCGUGUCCUCCCUUCUCGCAGCCGCCAGCAUCUCCAGCCACCGAGGACCUGCUUUUUGCACCUCCAACAUCCCCUCCCUUCUUCCCCGCCACUCCCUCCCAAAGAGAGAGAGAAAGAGAAAGGAGACAGAAAGAUUCUGGAAUUUGAGCCUCCCCAAAGAGGAAACAUACCCAGCAAACUCAGUUGAUUAAACAUCAGACAGACAGACAGACAGACCCCAAAUCUUCUGUCCAACGGGAAAGGUCUUUUCUCUCGAGUCCUGGGAGGCAGGUUCCGGGCCGGACCGCCUCUCGCUGGCACCAUGACGCCUGAGCCCACUUCCGUUCGGCCCCGGGCCCCGCUCUGCCUGAGCUCUCAACUUCCGGCUCCUGCCCUCCCCGCGGCCCUCUGCUGCUAGGAGGUCGUCCUUCAGGACUGGUCCUUGGCCCGUCUCUACCUUGCGCCUGGCUCACCUGACUGCUCGCUCCCCCUCCAUCACGGCCCCCCUGACCCCAGCCCUCUCCCCGGCCUCCCUGGCUGGGCCGUUUGGGGGUCUGCUGCCGGGAGGUGGACAUUGCUGAAGGCUUCCACCCGCCGGCCGGCCCGCCGUGUACUUUUCUCCUGCCCAAAUCAAGGCCUCCACAUUGGAUAGCUGAGAUCUUUCUGGGGGAAAGACACUCUGCUCCCCACGCUGCACCCUCCCUUUCCCCCGCCCGCCUGACUGACCGCCUCCACUGCUGCCCCGUCCUUCCCCGCUGUCUCCUUGCUGAAUUUCUUGCUCGUGGGUGCCCACCAGGGGCUUUCUGGUUCUCUCUCCUCCUUCCUCAUCCUCCUCUCUGUCUGUGUGCCUCCUCCCUCGUGUGUGUUCUCUGUCCCCCAGCCAUCUCCCCUUCCUCUCUGCCUCCCACUUCGAAGGAGGUGGGGCGGGGGGACUGUCCCCCUAGGGCCGUUCCCCGCCUCCGGGCCCUUCGGGCUUGGCCAGAAUGAGCUUCACCAUGCACUCGGUGUUCUUCACCUUGAAGGUGAGCCUCCUGCUGGGGUCCCUGCUGGGGCUCUGCCUGGGCCUGGAGUUCAUGGGCCUCCCCAACCAGUGGGCGCGCUACCUCCGCUGGGACGCCAGCACGCGCAGCGACCUCAGCUUCCAGUUCAAGACCAACGUGUCCGCGGGGCUGCUCCUCUACCUGGACGACGGCGGCGUCUGCGACUUCCUCUGCCUCUCCUUGGUGGACGGCCGCGUGCAGCUGCGCCUCAGCAUGGACUGCGCGGAGACCGCCGUGCUGUCCGGCACGCGGGUGGACGACAGCAGCUGGCACUUCGUCAUGGUGAGCCGCGACCGCCUGCGCACCGUGCUGGUGCUCGACGGCGAGGGCCGGGCCGCCGAGCUGCAGCCCCAGCGGCCCUACAUGGACGUGGUCAGUGACCUGUUCCUGGGCGGCGUCCCCGCCGACAUCCGGCCGUCUGCCCUGACCCUUGAUGGAGUGCAGGCCGUGCCCGGCUUCAAGGGAUUAAUCUCGGAUCUCAAGUACGGCAACUCAGAGCCCCGGCUUCUGGGGAGCCAGGGUGUCCAGUUGGAUGCCGAGGGGCCCUGCGGUGAGCGCCCCUGUGAAAAUGGCGGCAUCUGCUUUCUCCUGGAUGGACACCCCACCUGUGACUGUUCUACCACCGGCUAUGGCGGCAAGCUGUGCUCGGAAGAUGUCAGUCAAGGUCCAGGCCUCUCCCACCUCAUGAUGAGUGAACAAGGUAGAAGUAAAGCUCGAGAGGAGAAUGUGGCCACUUUCCGAGGCUCAGAGUACCUGUGCUACGACCUGUCUCAGAACCCGAUCCAGAGCAGCAGUGAUGAAAUCACCCUGUCCUUUAAGACCUGGCAGCGGAAUGGGCUUAUCCUGCACACGGGCAAGUCGGCUGACUAUGUCAACCUGGCUCUGAAGGAUGGCGCGGUCUCCUUGGUCAUUAACCUGGGGUCCGGGGCCUUUGAGGCCAUUGUGGAGCCAGUGAAUGGAAAAUUCAAUGACAACGCCUGGCACGAUGUCAAAGUGACACGCAACCUCCGGCAGGUGACCAUCUCUGUGGAUGGGAUCCUUACCACGACAGGCUACACUCAGGAGGACUACACCAUGCUGGGCUCAGACGACUUCUUCUACGUGGGAGGAAGCCCGAGUACCGCUGACUUGCCAGGCUCCCCCGUCAGCAACAACUUCAUGGGCUGCCUUAGAGAGGUUGUUUAUAAGAAUAAUGACAUCCGUCUGGAGCUGUCUCGCUUGGCCAGGAUUGGGGACACCAAGAUGAAGAUCUAUGGUGAGGUGGUAUUCAAGUGUGAGAAUGUGGCCACACUGGACCCCAUCAACUUUGAGACCCCAGAGGCUUACAUCAGCUUGCCCAAGUGGAACACCAAACGCAUGGGCUCCAUCUCCUUUGACUUUCGCACCACUGAGCCCAACGGCCUGAUCCUCUUCACUCACGGCAAGCCCCAAGAAAGAAAGGAUGCGCGGAGCCAGAAGAACACCAAGGUGGACUUCUUUGCUGUGGAACUCCUCGAUGGCAACCUGUACCUGCUGCUUGACAUGGGUUCAGGCACCAUUAAAGUGAAAGCCACGCAGAAGAAAGCCAACGAUGGGGAAUGGUACCACGUGGAUAUUCAACGAGACGGCAGAUCAGGUACCAUAUCAGUGAACAGCAGGCGCACGCCGUUCACCGCCAGCGGGGAGAGCGAGAUCCUCGACCUGGAGGGGGACAUGUACCUGGGCGGGCUGCCGGAGAACCGCGCUGGCCUCAUCCUCCCCACGGAGCUGUGGACCGCCAUGCUCAACUACGGCUACGUGGGCUGCAUCCGCGACCUGUUCAUCGACGGGCGCAGCAAGAACAUCCGGCAGCUGGCGGAGAUGCAGAAUGCCGCGGGCGUGAAGUCCUCCUGCUCCCGGAUGAGCGCCAAGCAGUGCGACAGCUACCCCUGCAAGAACAACGCGGUGUGCAAGGAUGGCUGGAACCGCUUCAUCUGCGACUGCACGGGCACCGGCUACUGGGGACGGACCUGCGAGCGGGAGGCGUCCAUCCUGAGCUACGACGGCAGCAUGUACAUGAAGAUCAUCAUGCCCAUGGUCAUGCACACCGAGGCAGAGGACGUGUCCUUCCGCUUCAUGUCCCAGCGAGCUUACGGGCUGCUGGUGGCCACCACCUCCAGGGACUCUGCCGACACCCUGCGUUUGGAGCUGGAUGGGGGGCGUGUCAAGCUCAUGGUUAACUUAGACUGUAUCAGGAUAAACUGUAACUCCAGCAAAGGACCAGAGACCCUGUAUGCGGGGCAGAAGCUCAACGACAAUGAGUGGCACACCGUCCGGGUGGUGCGGAGAGGAAAAAGCCUUAAGUUAACCGUGGACGAUGAUGUAGCUGAGGGUACGAUGGUGGGAGACCACACCCGCUUGGAAUUCCACAACAUUGAAACUGGCAUCAUGACUGAGAAACGUUACAUCUCCGUGGUCCCCUCCAGUUUCAUCGGCCACUUGCAGAGCCUUAUGUUCAACGGGCUGCUCUACAUUGACCUGUGCAAGAACGGAGACAUCGACUACUGCGAGCUGAAAGCUCGCUUUGGGCUGAGGAACAUCAUCGCCGACCCCGUCACCUUCAAGACCAAGAGCAGCUACCUGAGCCUGGCCACCCUCCAGGCCUACACCUCCAUGCACCUCUUCUUCCAGUUCAAGACCACCUCCGCUGACGGCUUCAUUCUCUUCAACAGUGGUGAUGGCAACGACUUCAUCGCCGUUGAGCUAGUCAAGGGGUACAUACACUACGUGUUUGACCUCGGAAAUGGCCCCAAUGUGAUCAAAGGCAAUAGUGACCGCCCCCUGAAUGACAACCAGUGGCAUAACGUCGUCAUCACCCGGGACAACAGUAAUACCCACAGUCUGAAAGUGGACACGAAGGUGGUCACUCAGGUUAUCAAUGGCGCCAAAAAUCUGGAUUUGAAAGGUGACCUCUACAUGGCAGGUCUGGCCCAAGGCAUGUACAGCAACCUGCCAAAGCUCGUGGCCUCCCGGGAUGGCUUCCAGGGCUGCCUGGCAUCAGUGGACUUGAACGGGCGCCUGCCGGACCUCAUCAACGAUGCCCUCCAUCGCAGUGGGCAGAUCGAACGUGGCUGUGAAGGACCAAGCACCACCUGCCAGGAGGAUUCAUGUGCCAACCAGGGGGUCUGUAUGCAGCAGUGGGAAGGUUUCACCUGUGACUGUUCCAUGACCUCCUAUUCUGGAAACCAGUGCAAUGAUCCUGGCGCCACGUACAUCUUCGGGAAGAGCGGAGGCCUCAUCCUCUACACCUGGCCGGCCAACGACAGGCCCAGCACGCGCUCCGACCGCCUGGCCGUGGGCUUCAGCACGACCGUGAAGGACGGCAUCCUGGUGCGCAUCGACAGCGCCCCGGGCCUCGGCGACUUCCUCCAGCUUCACAUCGAACAGGGGAAGAUCGGAGUUGUCUUCAAUAUCGGCACAGUGGACAUCUCCAUCAAAGAGGAGAGGACUCCGGUAAACGAUGGCAAAUACCACGUGGUGCGCUUCACCAGGAACGGCGGCAAUGCCACGCUGCAGGUGGACAACUGGCCUGUGAAUGAGCAUUACCCCACAGGCAACACUGAUAAUGAACGCUUCCAAAUGGUAAAACAGAAAAUCCCCUUCAAAUAUAACCGGCCCGUAGAAGAGUGGCUGCAGGAAAAAGGCCGGCAGUUAACCAUCUUCAACACCCAGGCGCAAAUAGCUAUCGGCGGAAAGGACAAAGGACGCCUCUUCCAAGGCCAGCUUUCUGGGCUCUAUUAUGAUGGUUUGAAAGUACUGAACAUGGCAGCUGAGAACAACCCCAAUAUUAAAAUCAAUGGAAGUGUCCGGCUGGUGGGAGAAGUCCCAUCAAUCUUGGGAACAACACAGACAACCUCCAUGCCGCCAGAGAUGUCUACCACUGUCAUGGAGACCACCACUACCAUGGCUACCACCACAACCCGCAAGAAUCGCUCCACAGCCAGCAUUCAGCCAACAUCAGAUGACCUUGUUUCAUCUGCUGAAUGUUCAAGCGAUGACGAAGACUUCGUUGAAUGUGAGCCGAGUACAGGAGGUGAAUUAGUUAUCCCUCUUCUUGUAGAAGACCCUUUAGCUACCCCUCCUAUUGCUACUCCUGCACCUUCCAUUACACUCCCCCCUACCUUCCGCCCCCUCCUCACCAUUAUUGAGACCACCAAAGAUUCCCUGUCUAUGACCUCUGAGGCGGGGUUACCUUGCUUGUCGGACCAAGGCAGCGAUGGUUGUGAUGAUGAUGGCUUGGUGAUAUCUGGGUAUGGCUCAGGGGAAACCUUUGACUCUAACCUGCCCCCUACUGAUGAUGAAGAUUUUUACACCACCUUCUCCUUGGUAACAGAUAAGAGUCUUUCCACUUCAGUCUUCGAAGGUGGCUACAAAGCUCAUGCGCCCAAGUGGGAAUCCAAGGACUUUAGACCUAACAAAGCCUCCGAAACUAGUAGGACUACUACCACAUCUUUGUCCCCUGAGCUGAUCCGCUUCACAGCUUCCUCCUCGUCUGGGAUGGUGCCCAAAUUGCCAGCUGGCAAAAUGAAUAACCGUGAGCUCAAACCCCAGCCUGAUCUAGUCUUGCUUCCGUUGCCCACUGCCUAUGAGCUAGACAGCACCAAACUGAAGAGCCCACUAAUUACUUCCCCCAUGUUCCGUAAUGUGCCCACAGCAAACCCCACGGAGCCGGGAGUCAGACGGGUCCCGGGGGCCUCAGAGGUGAUCCGCGAGUCCAGCAGCACAACAGGGAUGGUCGUCGGCAUUGUGGCUGCAGCCGCCCUCUGCAUCUUGAUCCUUCUGUACGCCAUGUACAAAUACAGGAACAGGGACGAGGGCUCCUACCAGGUGGACGAGACGCGGAACUACAUCAGCAACUCGGCGCAGAGCAACGGCACGCUGCUCAAGGAGAAGCCCCCGAGCUCGAAGGGCGGCCACAAGAAACAGAAAAACAAGGACAAGGAGUACUACGUGUAGGCGCCACGCCGCCGCCGCCGCCCGGCGCGCGCAGCUGAGCCCGGGCCGUCCCUCUGCCCACAGACGCGCGUGUCCUCGGCGACCUGAGCAUCCGCAGGGGUCCGGACUGUCCUAGGAGACGGGGCGGCAUGGACCGGGACCCCGGUGGGGAAAACCAGUCGUGAACACAACACCAAGAUGCACCUAACUGACAAAGGCGCAAGCCACAGGCUGCUUUGACGCAGUCGCCGCUCGGAGACAGAAAGUUCUUUCUGCCCUGCUGUGUCAGCCAGCUCACACUUUUGCACGCUGGAGCGAGCAGGUGGCUGCCCCCACCCCCUCCUCGGCCCCCCAACUUUUCGCAGACUUGGAAGCUUCCUUCUCUUGAGGACCUUUCACCCAAGGUAGAAGACUUCAUGGCUUACUUGUUCCAUAACUCCAAGUGAGUCUGUAAUAAUGUUUGUGAAGCUUGACUGUAAUGAUGUUUUUUUUUUUUUUUGGUUUGUUUGUUUGUUUAAUUAUGUAAAAAACAAAAACAAGAAAAAAAGUUAAAAAAACAACAAAAACCCACCCUUAUCUGGUUCUGGCCAGUGUGCGUGUAACUUUUCAAGAUCUGAGGGGAAAAACAUGGCUUUUGGGUAUUUGAUUAUUUUUUGAAAAUAAUUGGACAUAAGUUGAAGAAAAAAAAAAAUCUCAGAAAACGAAAGUAAGAGAGACUAUUGCCAUAUGAACUCAAAAGCUACCAUGGUGUUCACUCUACAUAUCAGGUUGUGGUGUUUCUAGAAUCUGUUGUCUGUUUCUAUAUGAUGCUUUGCUGAACACAUAGCAAAAUCAUGGGAUGGAUGAUAGUUUUGAUUGGAAAAGCUGGUCCCUCAGGAUCAAAUUCCAGAAUUUGCCACCCAAACCCUGAACAGAUGUGGUUAGGGCUGGUUUUCUCAGAGCUAUCGGCUUCACUUAACAAUAUUGUUCCUGUCCAUGAGCCCAGCCAAAUUGAGGUAAAGGAGAUAGCCCCACAAAUUAAAACAGAGCCUUUCCUAGGAAAGGGGGCCGGGGGUGGGCCGGAUCUGUGACUGAUCGAAAUGCAUGCGAAUAUAAGAGAAAAGACGAUACAAGAAGUCUGUUGAAGAAUCAAAACAGACAAUAGGGGAGUUCAACUUGUGAUAGAACCACAAAAGGUCACACAAGCCAAACACGGCAUGACAGAGUGCAAAACUCAUAGUUCUUCCCCCGCCCCCAACAUGAUAAGGUUUUUCCUAGUGAUUUAAUUUUCCAGCCUGACAUUUACAGAUAACUAUCCUUCCAUUUGCUCACGUCUCCCUUCACCCAUCUUUUCUAAAGAUAAAUAAAUAACAAAUGAAUAAAGCUGCUGUGACACACAAAAAAAUGGAAUUUAAUAGUAUAAUAUAUAUAAAUAAAUAUAUAUACAGAUAUAUUUAUCAUGGUAUGUUUGAUGGGAUGACUGAAACAGGAAAACUGUUAAAAUCUUGAAGUGGAAUGAGAAUGUUGUUUUCAAAGAAAAUAACAACAAAAAAGUAAACCUUAAAAUGUGAAGAAAGUGUGAGUUUUAGUUUUGUCACAGUUAACUGUGUCAAGGAGAAUUAAAAAAAAAAACUCUUCUCAGAUUUUGUUUACAUAUUUUACUACAUUUUUGCUGGUAUAAUUCCUUAGCCACCUGUGUACAUACUGCUUUGAGAACUGUUCUUUCCUUUGUUUAUUUCCGUUUGUCUGGUUUCUGUUCCAGUUCUCUUUCUUUCUGAAAAGAGGAAACGAUGUACAGUAAAACAAUAAACUGGUUCAGUGGCCAUGCCUAACCCAAAAGCAAGAGACAGAGCAAGAUGAGUGUUUACAUAAAAAGGCAAUGCGUCCUCUGGAGGGUCAGAUAUAUACAGUUUCUUUUGUACAGAUGAAAAUCCAUCAGCUGUUUAGAUUUAGAAAUCUACUCUUGCUGGUCUUUGUAAGUUGCAUGAAUAUUUGAGAAAAUAUCUUAAAGACGUGGGGCAAAAAAUGCAAUCUCAAUGAUGGUAGCCUUUACUAAAUGUAUAUGGAAAGAGGUGUUCCUCAUUAUCUGAUAUUUCAAUGUGUUAAGAGUUUUGGAUUAUUUUGUUAUCAUUGGAAAAGACAGGAUUAUAACGAGGUAUCAGAGCACGAUUUUAGAUAACCUAAAUGGCCCAACCUAUAUGAAGUUGAUUAUAUCUCGAUGUCUGUAAAAGAUUGCUGUUCUUGGAGUCUUGAGGUCUUGUGAACUGAUUUCCUGCUUUCUUUCUUUACAUUUUUUUAAUUUGAGUAAAAAUACAUUUGUUAUAUUCUUUUUAGUGUAAGUUUCUAUUUGGACAAUUUUAUGGGAACAUGUGCAUUCUGUAUGUGAGCUUCUAUCAUAUUCCUGUUGUUUUAUGAGAAAACUCUUAAGAAAUUUAUUUUAUGAUGUUGUGAAGUUACUGCUUUUUUUUUCCUUUUCUCUUUUAUUUCAUAUUUGCAUUUUCGUUCAAGGAUAUGCUUAGCAAUAAAAUGUUCUUCCCAA